CAGCAAGUCCGUUUCCACUCGAUUCACAACUCCAAAUAGACUUACCCCCAAAAUGUGUGUAAAUUUCAACUUCUUUGUUUGUUGUCAAUUUUCGUACAUCUACGUGAGAUGACUGGCGCAACCAGUGGACACGGGCUCAUCGAAAUUCCCAAAUAGUUGUAAAAAUAAUUCAUGUUCCUUCCGCAUUUAUUGCGUACCACGAGUGCUCCAUUAAUGUGAAGGCAUUGAAUUUUGGUUCUUCGGUGAGUUGGUGAGUGCUGUUGCGGUUGGGAUUUAGUGUCAGUGCAUUAGAAAGUCAAAUCCCUGCGUUUACGUGGGCCAAUGCAAGGGGAAAAGGGUUGAAGAUAAAAUCAGUCUUGAUAAUUAUUUUUAGUUUUAAAUGGAAGACGCAAAAAGUGAAAAAUCGGUGACAAUGGAGGAGCAGGUGCCCCAGGACUCGUCUUCGUGGGGCGAGUGGACCAUAAUUCAUGAUGACAGGGAUAAAAAUAUUGAAAAUGCGGUUCCAGACGUUACGGAAGUGAAACCGAAGGAAAUUGAUGAGGAUAAUGACAAAGAGGAAGAGUGUCACGUCGUCGAGGAAGCACGUGAGGUGAUUGAGGAGAUUGAUCCAUCCACUUUUGCCUCUUCUGUUGUACCUGUACGUCCACGUGAAGAACAUUCUGAUGCGAGGGAAGAGAUUUCGAAAAUUGUUGAGCCUGUUGAACAAACAAUCCCACGGUUCGGACUGCACGCGAACUUCAUCGCAGCGUGUUGCCUGGCGGCUGCUAUUGGUUUUGGCAUUGGCUGCGUCGUUGGCACCGGAAAGACUCAACUUCCAUCACCCAACAUUCAAGUGUCACCAAAACCGUCUUUCCGACGAGUCGAGGAUUCAAAUACUGACGUCUCAGGGGAGACGUCCAUCACCGUUGAGUCCGAGCCAUUUGAUCCACCGCUACAUGCCCCAAAUAUCCCCGAAGAGUCCAUGAGACAUGACCACUUGACUAAAAUGAACGACCAGAAUCUCCGCAUUCGAAAACUGGAGCAGAUACCCACGUUCAAGAACUCCCUCCAGAAGCUGAAACUAUCCCUGGAAACGUUGUGCUCGUUGAUAGACAAAAAUCAGAGAAUCAACUACGAAAACAUCUGCAGCAGAAAUUCAAAAAUCUUCGAAGUAAUUGAGUUGAAAGAGACAGUGGAGUACAUUGUCAACGAAUUCGGCUACACGGAAGAUGCCUCGAUAAAGAAGUUCAUCGAGGGCAUAGACUCGAAGAUCGAGACGAUGAUGACAUCAUUCCUGGAUCGUUUGUCGAAGAUCGUGGAGAAGAUGCGAGGGAAGCUCUACCAGAGGAUUUGCCUGAUCAGAAAUACGUACGACAAGGGGGCAAAGAUCCAAGAAAUUCUGGGCCAGAGAUCAAUAUCCCUCGAGAACUGCAACUACUCGCCCCCCAAAGUCCCAAAUUCAGAGAAAAAGAGGAGAGUGAGUAAAAGAGAGGAGCGAGGAAUUGAUUCGAUUUCUGAAGAAACGAGCGAAGUGGAGUCUUCGGAGAUGGGAGAGAGCAGCGAACUCCCUGAGAGCCACAAAAAUAAGCGGAAGAACCAGAAGUCUGAGGAAUUUCGAAAGAAGAAACAGUAUGUUUCCAACAAAGAAGGUUCAGGCGAUAAUUCAAACGAGAAAAGUGAUUUCAGGAAGUUGAAAUCGAAUCAUCGGGAGUCGAAUGAGGAUUCAGACGAGCAAAAGGAGUUUAAGAAGUUUAAAUUGAAUUAUCAGGAGUCGAAUGAGAAUUCUAACGAGCGAAAGGAUUUUAAGAAAUUUAAAUCGAAUCAUCGGGAGUCGAAUGAGGAUUCAGACGAGCAAAAAGAGUUUAAGAAAUUUAAAUCGAAUUAUCAAGGUUCGAAUGAGGAUUCAAACGAACAAAAGGAUUUUGAUUCAUCAGAACGAAUGAAGAAUCAAGGAAAGAAUCAUUCAAAGUCGAAGAAGAAGUAUAACAAACAAUCGAAGGAAUCUAGUGAAAAUUUCUCUGAGGACAGUGAUUUGACUUCUUCGGACGACCAAAAGGAGAAUAAAAAUGGAAAUAGGAAUGAUUUCAAGCCCUUGAAAAAGUACGGAACCCCCAAGGGAGAGCCGAAAGAGAACUUUGUGGAGAAGAAGCACAGAAAUAACUACCAAUCUUUCAAUGAAAAUGAUAACAGAGGGCAGAAUGAGAAUGUUUGUUACUCGAAGAAAUGUUCGAAACCUCACGACACUGACGAGAAAAAUGAUCGAAAGGGGAAUGGAAAGAAUGGACAGUGGCAAUUCGAAAGGGCCCAAGGCAGAAGGAAAUAUCGUUUUGACGAGGAAGACAAGUACGGUGUGUGGUAUGACGACCGAGCGAAGGGUCGAGAACGCGCAAGACUUGGUUUCUAACGAGUAUCACAUCCCAAAAAAAUAUUUGUUUCGAAUUUUCAAAGGUGUUGAAAUAAGAUUUUUUGAAAAACUUCAUUUGAAUUUUUCGAA